AGAUCCUGAUCUUUUUAAGCAUUUUUGAUCGGAGAGAUAUAAAAUCUGUCGUUCCGUACUGUAUAGUGGCUGCUACAAAUACUAUCGAUGACAUUAAUGCAUACAUGGCUCUUUUCAGUGCAUGAAGUAACUGAAUCAUUGCCCGGAGAUUUUGAAUGAAAAAACAAAGAACAGAAAGAAAUUAAAAGCUGACUCAAAUUUCUGCAAAAUUUGUUGUGAUUCACUGUUUUCGGCGAACUGUUAAAAAAGGUUUCCCGCAAGUUGUUCUCAAAGUUCUUCGUUUCCUGGUGAGUCGUCUGAUGUUUUCCUUUUGGGUUCCCAAAGAAACUGUGUCUGCACUCUGAGGUUUCGCCGUGAAACUGCUCGGAAACGGAGGAAUUGUCUUAGGCGUCCGCCUCAAGACAAUUUGUGCAAAGCUCAAUCCGUAAAAAUUCCCCGGCUUCCAAAUAAAAAAGACUGUAUUUUGGAGAGGAAGUUAACAUCCCUUUUUAUCCUAGUUUUUCGAGGGGCUUCGGAAACUGCAAAGGUUUCGUUUUCAGAACUUAUUUUUUCCUUUCGAAGCUCCUUGAAGAGUCUCCGGCCGCAUAUCUUUGAUUUUAAUGCUUCAGAAGGAGAGCGUUUACAGAGAUAGCCUGAAGUGAGGCUUCUUCCAGCGCUGUGAAGUAGAAGCCUUGAGACUUUUGAAAAUAAAAGGGAUUUGCAGACCACUGUUUGAUCGCUCAUUUUCAUAUUCCAAAAAGUGGCAUUCCAACAAUGGAGGCAGAGAAAUGCUUGGAUCCUCAACUAUGGCACGCCUGUGCCGGAGGCAUGGUCCAGAUGCCUCCGGUUAACUCCAAGGUCUUCUACUUCCCUCAGGGCCACGCUGAGCACGCCCAGGCCCGCGUCGGUUUCGACUCCUUGCCCAGAACCCCUGCUAUCAUUCCUUGCCGAGUUAGGGCCGUGAAGUUCUUAGCUGACCCUGAAUCCGACGAGGUUUUCGCCAAGAUCAGAUUGGCUCCAACGGGAAACACUGAGCUUGAUUUUGGUGAUGAUCAGCUUUUGGGGGCCAAUGGGUCUGAGAAUCCAGAGAAACCCGCUUCCUUCGCCAAGACAUUGACCCAAUCCGACGCCAACAAUGGUGGCGGUUUCUCGGUUCCGAGGUACUGUGCCGAGACAAUCUUCCCGCGGUUGGAUUACAAGGCGGAUCCGCCGGUCCAGACGGUGAUUGCCAAGGAUGUGCACGGAGAGGUCUGGAAAUUUAGGCAUAUUUACAGGGGGACGCCGCGCCGGCAUUUGCUGACGACUGGGUGGAGCACCUUCGUAAACCACAAGAAGCUGGUUGCAGGGGAUUCCAUUGUUUUCCUGAGAGCUGAAAACGGUGAUCUCUGUGUCGGUAUUCGACGAUCCAAGAGGGGAAAUGGCGGUGCAACAGAGUCCCUAUCGGGGUGGAACCCCGGUCCCGGCCAUUCUGAUUCGCCAUACGGUGGGUUUUCGGUGCUUUUGAGGGAGGGAGAAAACAAAGUAAUGCGAAAUGGGUGUGGGAAUUCAAGCCCUGGUGGCAAUAUGAGAGGAAAGGGAAGGGUGAGGCCCGAAUCGGUUGCUGAAGCUGUGGCUCUUGCUGCUGGUGGGCAGCCAUUUGAGGUUGUUUAUUAUCCCAGGGCAGGCACGCCAGAGUUUUGCGUUAAGGCCUCGGCUCUGAAGGCCGCGAUGAGCAUUCAUUGGUGCUCUGGGAUGAGGUUUAAGAUGGCAUUUGAAACAGAGGAUUCUUCCCGGAUAAGCUGGUUUAUGGGAACCGUAGCUUCUGUUCAGGUUGCUGACCCCCUCCGUUGGCCUAACUCCCCGUGGCGGCUACUUCAGGUGACAUGGGAUGAGCCAGAUAUGCUCAAUAACGUGAAGCGUGUAAGCCCAUGGUUGGUUGAACUAGUAUCCAACUUGCCCACCACUCACCUCUUGCCCUUCUUACCACCAAGAAAAAAGUUGCGCCUCCCACAACACCCAGACUUUCCACUUGAUGGCCAAUUUCCGAUGCGGACAAUUUCAGGCAACCCCCUUGGGCCCAGCAGCCCCUUUUGUUGUCUAUCUGAUAACACUCCUGCAGGCAUACAGGGAGCCAGGCAUGCUCAAUUUGGAAUAUCUUUAUCAGAUCUCCACUUUAAAAACAAACUGCAGUUAGAGCUGUUUCCGUCCAAUUUCCAGCGGUUCAAAAUACAUUCAAGAACUUGUAAUGGCAUUGUCACAGGUGACGCAAACAGCAAUGAAAACUUAUCUUGCUUGCUAACCAUAGGAAAUUCCAGCCAGAAUUUGGAGAAAUCAGAUAAUGUGAAGAGACACCAGUUUUUACUCUUUGGUCAACCAAUAGUCACGGAGCAGCAGAUUUCUCAAAGCAGUUCUAGUGAUGCAGUCUCACAAGUUCUUAGCAGGAAAAAUACAUCAGAUGGAAAUCAAGAAAACGUAAAGUUACUUUCUGAUGGUUCAGGAUCCACACUUGACCAGAAGGUUUCACUGGAAAAAUCAUCAAGUGCUGGGUUUUCAUGGAACCAGGGUUUCCAAACCACUGAACUUGGGUUGGACACUGGUCUCUGCAAGGUAUUCAUGGAAUCGGAGGAUGUGGGACGCACGCUUGACCUCUCGGUUCUUGAUUCUUAUGAAGAGCUGUACAGGAGGCUAUCCAAGAUGUUUGGAAUAGAAAGAUCAGACAUGCUAAGCCCUGUGCUCUAUCGAGAUGCAACUGGUACUGUAAAGCAAACUGGAGACGAACCGUUUAGUGAUUUUAUGAAAACAGCAAAAAGACUGACAAUUCUGAAAGAUUCAGGCAGCAACAAUAUUCAAAGGACAUGGAUUACAUGGAUGAGGAAUGCUGAAAAUGGAUUGGAUGCAUCAAACAAGACAGGUCCCUUGAGCAUUUUUGCAUAACAGUGUGGAGUUUUGAGACUUGGAUGUUGAAAGUGAAUAAAUCUUUGGAGGCUGCUUAUUUUUUUACUAAAUGUAGUUAGGAAAAACAUGAAAUGAAACCAUUUAUCUUGUUUUAUGGUGAUGUCGUGGUAAAUAUCCAUUCGUUUGCGAGAUAUAAUGCUUAACAUUAUGGUGAAUUUGUCUUGUAUGUAUAUGCCUUGAAUCCAUCUCUGAACUGAUUUUUUUUACCCGGUCAUUAUAUAUUGGCA